AUGCAAGAUAAGGAAAUAGCAUGUAUUUUGAAAAUAUAUAUUUUUUCAAUAUAUUGGUAAGGAAGGAAUGAAUGAGAAAAGGACCAAUUCUCCUCACCGUAUUUAGCCACUGAAGUCAGAGAGGGAUAUAAGAAAGCGUUUACUAUAGUGGCCACUUCACCACUAUUCUCACUCAUCACUACAUAAUAAUAAAUUUAUAAAGAAGACAAUAUAACAGCGUCUUCUAACGGCGCUAGCAUUAAACCAGAAAAAUAAAAAAAACAAAAAAAUCAGUUAACGUGAUCAAGAAUUCUUCAGUGUCACACGGCUUUACAAGUUCUCAUCAUCACGUCUAUCGUUCUCAAACAAUCUUCCUCUUUUUCUCGACAGGUUCAGUAUGGGCGAUUGUACCAACAGUGACGAUGAUUCUGUUUACCACGAUUACGAUUCUGGAGAUGAUGAAGAUCAAUAUGUUGAGCUUCAGCGUCUUGAAUACGAUACUUUUAUAUCAAAAGACCCCGUUAUUACGGUCAUUACAAAAGAGUCUCUAUUAGCUGCUCAGAGGAAGGAUUUGAGUAAUGUGAUGGAAGUCCUAUCAUUGAAAGAGCACCACGCACGAACCUUACUCAUUCACUACUGCUGGGAUGUUGACAAGCUGCUCGCAAUUCUUGUGGAGAAAGGGAAAGAUGAGUUAUACCGUAAAGCAGGUGUGACCUCAGUGGAGCAUGACAACCCUGCCUCAUCAAAGCUCUCAUCAAUGGUUAGUUGCAAUGUUUGCAUUGAAGAAGUUCCUGCAGAUAAUGUGACAACCAUGGAUUGUGGACACUAUUUUUGCAACGAUUGUUGGACAGAGCAUUUUAUUGUAAAGAUAAAUGAGGGACAGAGCAGGCGUAUUACAUGUAUGGAAUACCAGUGUGAUGCUAUUUGCGAUGAAGAGAAAGUAAGAACUUUAGUCAAUGCAAGAGAUCCUAACCUGGCUGAGAAAUUUGACCGCUUUCUUCUGGAAUCAUAUAUUGAGGACAAUAGAAAGGUUAAGUGGUGUCCAAGUGUUCCCCAUUGUGGAAAUGCCAUUCGUAUUGAAGAUGAUGUAGUGUGUGAGGUUCAAUGUACAUGUGGUGUGCAGUUUUGUUUUAAUUGCUUAUCUGAAACACACUCACCUUGUCCAUGUUUCAUGUGGGCAUUAUGGGUUAAGAAGUGCCAGGAUGAUUCAGAAACACUUAACUAUAUUUCAUUUCAUACAAAGCACUGCCCAAAAUGUCACAAGUUGGUUGAAAAGAAUGGAGGAUGCAACUUAGUAAACUGCAUCUGUGGACAACCAUUUUGUUGGCUUUGUGGUGAAGCAACUGGCAGGACCCAUACGUAUGCAUUUAUAGAAGGCCAUAGUUGUGGACGAUUUAAAGAAGAAACUAAAGAGAAAAAUGAGCGUGCAAAGAAAGAUCUAUUUCGUCACAUUCACUACCACAAUCGUUACAAAGCUCACAUGGAUUCUUUAAAACUUGAAAUGAAGCUACAGACAAGCUUAGAAGGGAAGAUAUUAGCUUUGGAAGAAAGAGACUCGACAAAUAGAGAAUUUGAUUGGUUAACUAAAGGUCUCUUUAGGCUCUCCAGGUCAAGGAAGAUUCUCGCCUAUUCAUAUGCAUUUGCAUUUUACAUGUUCGGUGAAGAAAAUUUCAACAGGAAUCUGUCUGCAGAGGAGAAACUGAUAAAGCUGAACUUGUUUGAGAAUCAGCAGCAGCAGCUUGAGGCAAAUGUUGAAGUUCUUUCUUCAUUUCUAGAGGAGCCUUUUGAUACGUACCCGUCACAUAAACUUAUGCUAGUGAAAAUUAAAAUCCUCGAUUUAUCAAGAACUGUUGAUAAUAUCUGCAAAAAAUUGUACGAAUGCAUUGAAAAUGAUUUGUUGAGCUCUCUUUUGAAAGCUUCUGGUAUUGCUUCUUACAAGUCAACAGGCGUGAACAAAGCUUUAGAACUAGCUUGUUAAUACAUGGUACGUGUCCAUCUUUUUGGAAGCCACUUAAAGAAUCUUUUUUGGUACUCUCUUGUGGAUCUAAACAUUAACCCUUUCGAGAAGAUUGACAAGAAUUGAGUUCACUCGUGAACUUAGUUAGUGAUUAUAACUUCAGGGUGCUUUUGACUUAGUUUUUGAGUUAGUGUCUUCUUAAUGCUCAUCGCUAUCAAAGUUCAAAUAUAUAUAUUAUUUUGAACCUUUUAAGUUGAUGAUGAAUGUAAAUGUAUUGACUUUUUCUAAUCUCAUUAAUUUGACAAGUUCUAAUAUUCACACA